AUGUCCGAUAAUACUACCACCGUCAUCGAUGAAUGCUCGGCGGCAACAGGACCAUCAUUUGAUCCCUCAUCACCAGAUUUUCUGUUGGUUAGUCAGAUGUGGUUGGUGACUGUUAUAUUUUCGAUCCUGUCUACUCUGCUGUCGUUUUAUUUAGUGUAUCGCCACUUCCAAUAUUAUUUCAAACCGAAUUAUCAGAGACAUAUUGUCAGAAUUCUGCUGAUGGUACCGAUAUACACAAUCUGCUCAUGUCUCUCAUUCAGAUUCUUCAACAACUCCAUCUGGUUUGAUAUCGUGAGGGAUGGGUAUGAAGCCUUUGUCAUUUACAGCUUCUUCCACCUGCUGAUGGACUACCUGGGCCCAGACUUUGAAACAAGACAUCAACGAUUAAUAAACAAGCCUUCAAGGACGUGUUUGUUUCCAUUCAUAUGUUUCAAGUAUAGUCCAAGAGGACAUGCCUUCUUGAUCAACUGUCGAGUGUUGGUGUUGCAGUACGUUGUAGUCAGACCAUGCAUGACAGUGCUAGCGUUGAUCUUACAAUCAUUCGAAGUCUUGUGCCCAAACUCAAGUUCCCCACUUCAUGGAGAGUUUUGGAUUUCAUGGAUUAAUAUGUUUUCAGUAACUAUUGCCAUGUACGGCCUCCUCGAAUUCUACCUAGUAAUCCACCACGACAUUGCCGAACACAAACCCUUUUACAAGAUCGUGGCCGUAAAACUUGUCGUCUUCUUCUCAUUCUGGCAAUCCAUCGUCCUCUCCCUCCUCCAAUCAACAGGAGUUCUCUCAUCAACAGCUCUAUCCGCCGACUCAUUCUCCGACUUGAUCCAAUCGUUUCUCGUAUGCGCUGAAAUGGUAAUCGCAGCAUUCCUGCACAUCCGUGCGUUCUCUCAUCACGAAUUCGUGCCCAGCCCGGCACAAAAGACUCCCAUAUGGGCUGGCAUGAAGGAUGCUUUAUGGCCAAAGGAUAUCGUGUCUGAUUUGAGAGCUGCGCCGAUUGAUGUGAGACAGCAGGCUAGGAGAAGGAGGGAGAAGAGGGCCACGAGGAAGCUGGCAGCUAUGAAUGCUGAUGAUUUUGCAGAUGAUAUUUCGUUGAAUAACAUCGAUGUUGAGUACGGACGUACGGGUGAUGAUAGUGAUGAUGAUAGUGAUGCUGCAUCUGUUAAAGUUGGCAGUGUCAAGAGCCCAACAAGAGCUCAAAGCCCAAUGAAGACAUCGAGACUAGCUACUGGACCCGUCGUGGAAAACGGAUUGUUUGGAGGCACUGCCGGUCAAUCACCUCUAGCUGUUCAACCUCCCAUCGUGGCUCCUGCCUCACCAGCCGACAUGCAAACCUUCUUAUUUGACAAUACAGCAGAAGACGAAGGAGACGAUAAUGAAGAAGACGAAGACGACCAUAAACAGUAA